CUCUAUAAAAGGGACAAGUGAUUAGAAGCUAAGUACAAUCUGGCGUACGCCGCGCCACAUGGGAUAUACAUUGCGCAUCCUUACACACGGAUAAUCACAUUGAAAAUGAGGGUCUUAAUUCUUUUUGCCGUGGUAGCGAUAGCGGCUUCAGCGCCACAAAAGCCUGCAGAUCAAGUUAUUGCUAUCCUCAAACAAGAAUUUGAUCAACAAGCCGAUGGAUCUUAUGUCUACAGCUACGAAACAGAAAACGGCAUCAAAGCAGACGAAACCGGCACGCUGAAGAAGGCCAGUAGUCCAGACAGCAAUGACGUAAUAGUAGCCCAGGGUGCGUUCAGUUACACAGCACCAGAUGGUACUGUCAUCAGUCUCAACUAUGUAGCAGAUGAUGAAAAUGGAUUCAGACCUGAGGGUGCGCAUUUACCUACACCGCCACCAAUACCACCGGCAAUUCAAAAGGCACUUGACUAUCUCGCGACUCUACCUCCUCCACCACCUUCAAGAAGUUAGACAAGAGGAACCUCUUCGAUAAACUAUGACCACCUGUACAUGUACGAUGACGCACGCUUGUACCACUUUGAAAACACGCUUUUUUUGGAGUUUUUAUUGUACAUAAUAUAUUGUUUCAAAAGCAGAGAUAACAAAAGCCUGUUUACAAAACGGUACUUACUUGAUAAUGUUAUACUCAAAGCAUAAUAAAAAAAAUGUAUAAAAAUAAAUGCUCAACCAUUGAACUGUGAUAGUUAAGAUUUGCAUGGAAAAAAUAUGAACAUGGUAUUUAUUAUUUAUUUAAUAAACGCAAAUUCAGUGCCAAAGAUGCAUUGUGGAUAGA